AUACACGUCUCAUCACCAAUGCUCAAUGGACAUAAAUUGGAGAUAUUGGUUCUAGAGAUGGACCCGCAGAAUGUAGGCGAUGAGGGCGCUUUCACUGAAGCGGUUUUAGUUCCGACAAUGGAGAUACCUACGUCCAGUACUGGGAGAUAUACACCUGUCACUACACCAGUGCACAAAUCUUUGAUUGUUGCCGAUGGGGUAAUGGGAGCAGCCACAGUUCUGAGCUAUCCUAUUGACACAGACCGGAGUGUCGUUGGUGCAGCUGUAGACCUCCAGGUUGUGAAUCUACAGAAGGAACCUCUCCCAUUUCAGACUAUCGAUGUCGCUCUAGCUGAGAAAGCUCUGGGAUCUUUUCGAGAAAGUGUUGACAAUGCCCUAUCUUAUGAAGAGAAUUGGUUCAAAAGUGGUUUACCCGAGAUUUUGGAUUGGGUGAGGGAUGGUACAGCGUCAACAGAUGGAGCGACGAAGCAACCGUUGAGGCAACUCAUUGAAUCUGUACUAAGGAACGCAAGUGUGGCCAUUGAAGCAGAACGAAGCCGGCAAUUAAGUGCAGCACUUACUGCCAAAGUUUCAUCCUCAGACCUGGUCGGAUUGAGAAAGGAAUUGUCUUCUUGGGCAGAGAGAGCGCAUACCGAGCUUCGAGACCAGCUUGACAUUGCUUUUAAUGGUCGAAGGUGGCGGAAGUUGGGCUGGUGGAAGCUCUUUUGGAGGGUCGAUGAUGUCUCUAUGAUUGCUUCCGACAUCUUGAAUCAGCGCUUUCUCACUGAUGCCGAGAAGGAAGUCAUCUUCCUUGCUGGGAGAGUGGUUGAAGCCGGUGCCUUGAAACAAAUUCCCGAAGCUUCACCGAAGAACUGGGCAUAUAAACGAGAGAUUCAGGAACAUGCCAAACUUCAAUUGGGCUCCUCACCACCACCUCCCGUCAUACAAGACUUGAUCGAAUCGCCCAGAGAUCAUUUACCUGUCAACGUCAAGCUUCAUCCGUGGCCACUACACAUUCCAGCAACUCGAACAUAUCUAUCCCAAGAAACAGUUCCUGCAUUGCAAGCAUUGGCGCAGAAACUCGUGCUGCAGACUUUAAGCACUUCGUCACUUGCUACAGUCUUCGGAGGACUGAUAUAUCUUUCGUCUGUUUCGAACACAUUGUACGAAGCUGGAGCUGUUGCCGCUCUUGGUGUGGUUUUCAGUCUACGCAGGAUGCAGGGCAAGUGGGAAACAGCUAGAACGUUCUGGGAAGGAGAAGUGAGAGAGGAGGGAAGAAAAGCUGUUAGGGGUGUGGAGGGAGCUGUUAAUGGUGUGCUUGAGAAGCCUGACCAGCCUUUGGAAGGUGAUCUUGAGCUGGAAAAGGCUGCGGAUGCUGUUGAGAAAGCUCAAGCUGCUCUUACCGAGACCAGAUGA